AUGGUGCGUGAGCUGUGAUUGGACGGGACGUCAGGUGUAACAGUGUAAAGACCACGCUGGCCUGUAGUUCCAGAUAUAAAUACAUCACUAUCCGGUGUGUUCUGCCGAAAUACUAAGUGACCUGAGCAGGAUAAGAACUUCUAAUUUUACGGAAUUGACUUCAGACGCAGAAUGCCUGGUUCAGCCCCAAUCAGUUGCUUGGGACCAUGGCCCAAAGAUGUGGGUGUCAUUGCCUUGGAACUGUACUUCCCAUCCCAGUAUGUGGAUCAAGCUGAGCUGGAGCAGUUUGAUGGUGUGUCAGCGGGGAAAUACACCAUCGGCCUGGGCCAAGAUCGCAUGGGUUUCUGCUCAGACCGGGAGGACAUCAACUCCCUGUGUCUGACCGUGGUCCAGAGGCUGAUGGACAGGAACGGCCUGUCCUACGACAGCAUCGGUCGACUGGAGGUAGGCACCGAGACCAUCAUCGACAAGUCAAAGUCUGUGAAGACGGUCCUCAUGCAGCUGUUUGAGGACUCUGGUAACACAGAUGUGGAAGGCAUCGACACAACCAACGCUUGCUACGGUGGUACGGCUGCGCUCUUCAAUGCUGUUAACUGGGUGGAGUCCAGUUCAUGGGAUGGCCGUUAUGCUUUGGUGGUUGCAGGAGACAUUGCUGUUUAUGCCACAGGAAGUGCUCGGCCCACAGGUGGUGCCGGCGCUGUGGCCAUGCUGGUCGGACCUAAUGCACCUUUUGCCUUCGAGCGAGGUCUGCGGGGAACCCACAUGCAGCAUGCGUAUGACUUCUACAAGCCAGACAUGGUGUCCGAGUACCCGGUGGUGGACGGAAAGCUGUCGAUCGAAUGCUACCUGAGCGCCUUGGACCGCUGCUACUCGGUGUAUCGCAACAAGAUCCACGCACAGUGGCAAAGAGAGGGCUCAGAGAAGCACUUCAGCCUGGAGGACUUUGGCUUUUUGGUUUUCCACUCUCCCUACUGCAAGCUGGUCCAGAAGUCCCUGGCUAGACUGAUGCUGAACGACUUCCUGAACCAUCCAAGCCCAAACACUGAGACGGGACCCUUCGUGGGCCUGGAUGCCUUCAGGGAUGUGAAGCCGGAGGAGACGUACUUUGACAGGGAUGUGGAGAAGGCCUUUAUGAAGGCCAGCGCGGAGCUGUUUGAGAAGAAAACCAAGUCCUCUCUGCUGAUCUCCAACCAGAAUGGAAACAUGUACACACCAUCUGUGUACGGCUGCCUGGCAUCGAUUAUUGCUGAACACACACCGUCGGAGCUCGCUGGACAGAGAGUGGGAGUUUUCUCUUAUGGCUCGGGAUUUGCUGCUACCCUGUAUUCUCUCAGAAUCACACAGGACCACACCCCCGGGUCUAGCCUGGACAAACUUGUGUCCAGCCUGAGUGACCUGAGGCUCCGACUGGACUCGAGGACAAAAGUCUCACCUGCUGUUUUCUCUGAACGUAUGAAGCUGCGGGAGGAGACCCACCACUUAGCUAGUUACAUCCCUCAAGGCUCAGUGGAGGAUCUGUUCCCAGGGACGUGGUACUUGACACGAGUAGAUGACAAACACCGCAGAGAGUACGCUCGCAGACCUCUGGAUGAUGACCUGCCAGCAGAACCAGAACACAUUCGCUCCAGUGCAGCUGCAGAGGUCUGAUGGUGUUGUGUUUGUGUCCCGCAGCACAUCCCCAGUCCAGCCAAGAAGAUGCCUCGUAUCCCAGCAGCCAUGGCUGGUCCUGAGGCCACCAGCAGCAACUGAAACUGCCAGCCUUCCUCUGACGGUGUCCUGGUCCAGCAUCACAACUACAUGAGCGUAGACCUCAGUAAAAGGAGGCCGCACGACAUUCAUCAAGCUCCAGGUGGAGGUGGUCUUUAUCUGGAAAGCAUGCUGCUCUUAUCAUACCUACAAGUCAGACAUUAGAUUCUGUAAUGGACCAGGUUCUCCCCAGUUUAUAGUUUGACUGAUCCUUGAUUUUAGAUCUUACAUUUGAAUGUAUCUCAGCUCUGCUUCAGUGCAGAAUGGACAGUUAAAUCAGUGAGGAGGGUGUCUCAUCACACUGCAUCUCAUGUUGGCCGUUGCUGAUCACAGAAAACACAGCAGGGGGUGAUGGAGCUCCUCUCUGCUGUUUGUUUUAUUCCGUUUUUCUGCCUGACCUCAUGUAACCUUUAGAGCGUCACAUGAGGAACCUCUCCCUAAUGCUACUCAGUCACCUUCUGCCAUCUGCGUCCAGCUCUUUCAACCGAUGUGACUGAUUCAUCAUUAAGACCUGCCGUCUGGUCCGGCCUAAGGCUGUAUUCAGGAUCUACUCAAAUACUCCCAACAUGUCUGAAACAAAGGUUUCAUUACAGUUAAGGUUGUAAAUGUGACAGCUUUAGCAUUUAGCUCGGAGAGCUUCACCUGGAUGUUUUACACCUUUAUUGGAUCAGAACCCACAGGGCUUGGGACGUGCAUUCAUGCAUUCAUCAUACUGAAAACACAAGUAUAACAGAAGUUGUCCGAACAACGGUAACGCGUCUGAGCCGAGCCCAGCAGUAGAACUCAGAGCUGCUAAUAGAAGACUAAGAUGUGAUUCUAACACCAGUUUAAGUGAGAGCAGUGCUGUAAACUCACCACUGUACUUAGAUCUGUUUAGCUCUAAAGCACUGGUCCCACUGAGUUGGCCUAAUUUAAUGAAUGACGAGCUAAGCUACGUUACACCAUUCCCUUCGGUGUGCUCCAGUUUCCUUCUGAUAUCUUGUGUUUUUUUACAGACAAACGUUUCUAGAUUGAUCCUUUGUGGGAUAAUUUAAUCUCUGAGAUUAUUGGAAAUUGCAGCUCCUCAAAAGGUUUCAUUUUCAACAAACAUCCAGUUAGAUUAAUCAUCAAAUAGUUGACAUCAAAGGGCUCGAGUUGGUGACGCGGUAGGACCGUAGGAGCAAACCGAACCAAACAGCUGCUAGCUGCAGCCAUCACUCAGAGGUCCAGUAGGGUUUCUGCUCAGGCUCAGGGCAGCUGGGAUACUUGACGUAAAGUUGUCUUUACUUUAAUCACACGUGAAGUGUAAACUGUACAUAGUUUUCCUUCAAUAAUGUACAGAUAUAUUCUUUUACUUUGUACAGUCACUUACUGGUUCCUGGUACGUGUGGACCAGGUCUACCAGCUUCACAGCAUCACUCUGACGUCGGGUAGAUGGUGUGUGUUAAAGCUGUCUGUGUCAAAGGUCACAUGAUCUUUUCCAGCAUCGAUGUACAGUACAAAAUAAAAAUAUUUAUGUCAUGUAGAUAUAAAUGUGUUAAUGCCCCAUCAGGUUCAAUGAAUCAUACAUUUGUAUAAAUAUGUAGAAUGAGAAUAAAUGAGUAAUGAACA